AUCUACUCGGUAUGGCGUUGCGACACACCAUCUCACCGCAGUUUUCGAAUCGCCACAGUCCUCCAGUUACCCGUUCUGUAUCUCGAACAGGAGUUCAUCAGCCGCUAGACACAUCUACUCCAGUUACUCGGCGAGAUUCCCAACCUGGAACGAUUACAGGCACCAUUCAGAGAUUUCAUGAGUCGGCUGACGAUUCUGAAAUUGAUCUGAACUCUUCGAAAUUUAUUUACAAGGAGCAUUUUAGCUACAAAGAAAUCACUUCGAUGAAGAAGGAAAUGUGGUAUGACUGGCUGGAAUAUCGCAUUCGCAUGGUUCGGCGUCGUUUUGUUCCAACGUGGGCCCAGUUUAAACGUACUCUUAUGGCUGUUGUUCUUUUUGCUAUGUUAUACAAGUAUGCUCGUGAUUGUUUAUUCGAUGGAACGCAUCAUAAUUCAGAAGGAUCCUACGCGGAUAAAGACGCGAAUUGGGCGUCCGAAAAACAGAAAUUUCAUCAGACGAUUUCCAAUCUCCGAGCAGAGUUUUCGGCGCACGAUAAACAACUCGAUUUCAAAACUGACCAUUUGGAAAAACUACUGGAAAACGUUUUGGAACACAGCAAAGGAUGGAAAGAGUCGGCAAUCGAAGAGCUCAAACAGAUCAAAUUAUGGCAAGCAGAAAUUAGCGAUGCUUUGCAACAAAUGAAAAAGGAAAUCGAUGAUGCGAAAAGCACAAAGAUCAUCCACAGUACACCAGAAAAGGCUCCAGAGACCGCACCAACUGCAUCGCUUCCUCCCUCUAGCCAGCUUCAACCAAUGCACAUAACACGCCGAGCACUUCUUGGAGUGAAUGUUGCCAACAGUCUUAUUGGUGCAUCAAUCGAUCAUUCUUGUUCAUCACGUCCAGUUUCUGCAAAAGAUGGAUUUUUCUACGAUUUCAUGUCAUACUUCGGAACGUUCCAGGAGGGAUAUGCUUUGCUUGAUCGCGACGUUCUAUCCCCAGGAGAAGCGUGGUGCACAUACGAUAAACGUGCGACCUUGACCGUGAAGCUCGCUAGAUUUGUCAUACCGAAAAGUGUCUCGUAUCAACAUGUCAGAUGGAGCGGGAUUGUUCCAAAUCAUGCCCCGAAGCUCUACGAUGUCGUGGCAUGCACGGACUCAUGUUGCACCAAAUGGCAGCCUCUUGUCGCCAACUGUGAAUAUAAGGAACGUGAUGGAAGUUAUGACGAGCAAGAACAAUUCUGUUCGGUGCCAACAAUUCAAAAUCACUCACCGAUCAAUCACGUGCAAUUCCGUUUCCGCGAAAAUCAUGGAGAUAUGCCAAAGACAUGUGCUUAUUUGAUUCGUGUUUACGGGGAACCAGUCGAUCCACCAAAGGAAACGCAACCAAUGACGGAUAAUGGAACUGAAUCAAAGUUGGAAUCUGCAAUUGUUAACUCUGUAUCAGAAACCGCAUAGAAACGCCGUAUUAUUGUUCCUGCCCAACUUGUUUUUAUAUCAUUUUCACGUUCCCCACUGACUAUGAAUCUCAAUAUUGCUUCUUUGAAAUCGUUUGCAAAUGUUUUGUCCCGCUUUACUAUCCACGUUACCGUUUGUAUUUCAUUGCUUUAUUCAUUUUUUAUUAAUGUGUCAUGUUCUGUUUAUUUCUUGAAAGUUCUAAUCUAAAGUUUCAAAGUUUUAAAUU